AUGGGUGACGAGGAGCCUCAGGAAGAGGCUGGCUCCAGUCUGUCGUGGCAAGACUUACCUGAGUGUGUCAAGAAGGCUCUUGAUCAGGAGUCGCGACAGCCUUCUCCCGAGAUUUUGUCGAAUUUGUUUUCAGAUGAUUCAGACAUCAAAGAUUUUGUGGAAUCACUGGGACUUACAAUGGGCUCAGCUGAAUGGUUCAGUGCAUGCGAGAUUCUUGAAAAGGUUUGCGCUGAUGUAUCACCGGCUGCAGAUCGUGUCGUGAGGACUAGAGCUGUGCAAGGUCAGCUGGCGCAAACGUCCUCAUCGUUUUCGGCCGGGCCUCAGCAGCAGCUUGAAGUAAGCACUGGAUGGCUUCAGACAAGGGCCGGUGCAAAGCGGUCACUUACAGCGUGGCCGUGUCGGUUGGCCAAGAAACUUGCCUUGGCCAAGCACGAUCGUGCGAGGGCCGAUGCUGAGGCUACAGAGCUCCGACGCUGGAGGCAGGCUUUAGCGAAGGAGCUGAAAAGGGCUGGUAUGCCGGUGUGCUCAAUGGCAAGUUACGCCCUUGAUAGCCAAGCUGUACUGGAGGCGUCAGCAGGAACGCUUAGAGCGUCCACUCUAAGGCGGCACGUGAGGGAAUGGUCCAAGUUUUCGGCAUGGUUUUUCGCUGUUGAGGGGACAGUGUUCCCCACGCAUCUGGGCAUCUUGAUGAAUUAUGUGGAAGAGCUGGCGCAGGAACCUUGUGCCAGGACCAGGCUACAGUCUGUGCUCUCUGCAGUGAUAUUCUUCGAGAGGGUCGGAGGAGUCAAGGCCGAGGCUUCCAUCUCUUCUCAUGUCCUGGUGCGGAACUUGGUUCGGGUUCGCACUGCUGAGCUUGAAGCGGGGGCGCCGCCGACAAAGCAAGCUCCAGCAUUGGCCCUCAUCAUGGUCAUGUCUUUAGAGGCUGUGGUUGUGAAUCCUGCGCGUAAGAAGUUCGUCAGAGCGUAUGCGUGGGCACGGCUAUUGAAACUAUGGACAUCUAGCAGGGCCAAUGACCUUCAGGGCAUUCUACCAGAGCAGAUGACGAUGUCUUCACAAGGACUACGAGGAGUUUUCGAUAGAACGAAAACCUCGGGAGCUGACAAACGCAUCAGAUGGCUGCCGUUCUUUGUUUGCAAGGAUGCUUGGCUUUUGCAUAGCGAUUGGCUGGCUGCCGGAUAUGAGAUCUGGGCUUCUGAUGGUUUUGCCUUCUCCAGGGAUUAUCUGGUGCCUCGGCCUACAAAGGGGCUGACCUCCUGCCUGCCAGUUAUGGCGAGCUAUGUGGAUAUGUCAACGAUGUCCAAGCAGCUCCUGUGGGAGCUAAAGCGGCCCGAGUUGACCGAGGCUGGGAGUGUGCGUCAUACUGAUGUUGCGCUCUUCGAGGAUCCGAGUGUUGCGCUACAGAGGGCCGGUGUCGAGAGCUCGGUGCGUGACAGGGCUCUUGACCUCUUGCGGCCGUUGGAGGGCUGGGCCGAGUUUCGGGCCCAACAUCUUGCUGAAGGCAGCGGGAACGGCAUCAAGCCUGGAACGAUCAGUUUCUUCAUCACGCGUCUUGAGGGCCUCAUGGAGCCGGAGCCUGCUUCAGAGCCGUCUGCUGAGCUUCACGAGAGGGAAAGCACAGAUGAUACUUUCUUGCUGCUUUCUGACCAUGUGUGGGAGCUAGAGCAGCGGGUGGCAGUUCUGGAGCGGCGACUGAUUGCGGUCGACCCGGUGCCUAGGGAGGAUCUUCGGCGAGAGAUCACGGGGAUCUCACACUGGAAGCGCGAGUCCAAGGGAAAGGGCAAAGGCAAAGCCCUGAAACGUGCACUGGCUGCUGCAGCAGCCGAGGAGGCCCCUGGCAAGAAGGAGAACGUCUCUCAAGGACUCGAUUCUCCUCCACAAUCGGACAUUUCUUUUCUCUAUCUCUUCGCGGGAGAGUCUCGCCGGGCUGACUUGAAAUCAUUCCUGGCGGCUGCCUGCGAGAAAGCCGGGCUGUCAUUCCGCUAUCAAGAAGUUGAUAUCGGGGAAUCGGCUCCGGAUGUUCUUUCAGAUUCUUUUUGGUUGAGAUUGCUCAAUCAAGUUCGACGACAUGAAUUCAAUCUUCUUUUCAUGAGCCCGCCAUAUUCUACAUUCAACCGGGCCACGUUCGUCAAUCGCACAGGACCGCCGCCUCUGCGGAACUCGGACUGGCCGGAAGGUUUUCCCUGGCUAUCCGGUGUAUGGAAAUCCAAGGCAGAAGCUGGAACGAGUUUGGUGCGCCGGGUAUUGUCCUUAGCCACCCUGGCCACCAAGGAGCAUGUACCCUGGUUGAUCGAGCAUCCGGAAUUUUUGGGUGCUACAGCGGCUGGCACCCCGGCUUCGAUCUGGACUUGGGAAGAAGCUGUUCGUGUUUUCCAGGAGACUCGCGCCACUUCGGUGGCCCUUCAUCUUUGUGCCUUCGGCGCCGCUCAGAGGCGGCCGACGCGAUUAGCUGGAACCUGGCACGGUCUACGAUCGGUUGGUGUAUCCGGUUGGCCGCGACUCGACCCUCAGCAGCACUAUCGAGGGCCGUUGUCUCGCAAAUGCGGUCAUGCACAUGCCCCUCUCAUCGGCACCGACGAAAAUGGUCAAUUUCUCGCCGGGCCGGCUGCUUACCCUUCGGGCUUCUGUGAGGCGCUGGCCAGUAUUGCGGUUCUCACCUUCAGGCAAAGAGUGUCCUCCGAAUCGGUGUUGGGGGAGGAGCAAGCUCGUUCUUCAGACACUCUUGAGAAUGCGACUUCGACAGCGGUGGUCCAUCAGGCUGAAGCUCUGGCAGGGCGCUUGCAACACUCGGCGGUCUCGAAGGAGUCUUUGCUUCAGAUCUUCGACUUGCUUCCCGGCGAAGAAUUGGCCCGAGAUGGUGUCACUUGGAAGGAUUCGAAAUCUUUUGCUGUCGGGGCUUAUGCCGUGGGCGGUCUGGUUCUCAGGCCUCUUUUGCAAGCGGGCUCUGCGAUGUACGGUGAGAUUGCUGAGUGGAAAGAGAAGCGGGUAUCCAAAGCCGCUGCCAAGCUUAAGAAGGCUGAACGGUUGCGCGAGAAGGAUCCCUGGAAGUGA